AUGGACUACGUGAUGGAGGUAGCGUCGCGCGCCCACUUCAGCGGGCUCCGCCUCGCCUCUCCCGACGGCAUCCACCACCCGUCGAGCCCCUCCGCCGCCUCCUCGUCUUCUUCGCCUACCGCAGGGAAGUCCUUCCUGUCGUCUCCUAUCAUCGGUGGUGCCUCCCACGUGGGCUCUCCGCUCGCCGACGAUGGGCCCCGGCAGCCGUUCGUCAUAGGUCAUGCCCCGUCCCCCUCCCAUUUUUCGGCCUUGCCGGAAUAAACUUGUCUCCUUGGAUUACUUCUUCUCUUUCUCUCUUGCUUUCUGACGGAUUUGUGGGUUCACGUUUUGAAUUGUCUCCAGGCGUGUCAGGAGGCACAGCAUCCGGGAAGACAACGGUAUGCGACAUGAUCAUUCAGCAGCUGCACGACCACCGGGUGGUCCUUGUCAAUCAGGUGAACAUGGGUGGUGAUGAAAGAAAGGGUUACCGUGAUUAUUAGUGCUCCUUAGUACGUAGUGCCUGCAAAUGUGGCUUCUUUUAAGAAGCUGAUAGUACUCUGGGAGACAGAAGACAUGACGAAAGAGGAUUCGGAUGCGUGGCCAGGUGACAUGUUGGAGUCUGGUGGAUGGAGCUCUCAUGAAAGCUAUAAUGGGAAUUAAAAUAUUUUAUUUGAAGAAUAUGAACGUAGAAAGUAAUACGUUAAUACGGGGGUUUUUCUACACUCUUACGAUUGCUUUAUGAUCUCGCAGUCAGCAUACUGUUUAGUUGGCAAUCACUAAUGUUAGUGGAGCAUUUGAAAAAAUUGCUAGUUCCUGUCCUUGGUUGGCAACCAUGGUUGAUCCAUAUUUUCGCAAAUAUUUUAGAUUAGACAGCAUGAUUGUCGAAAUCAGAUUGAAUAUUGAAUGUGCUUACAAUGGGGAAAUAAAAAAUUUGGCCUUGGUAAAUCGUAACUUUCAAAAGGUUAGUGAUCUUUCUAGCACGAGUUUUAACUCAUUGACGCGAUUUUUCCUUUAAAACAGAGUAACACGUGUGAGAUGAACAAAACUUUAUCUUACCAUUGUUAUAGAGUAUUAGUUUUUGAAAUUUUUUGACUGCUUCAUUUCGACAGAGGUUUUGUUAUUUUGAGUUGCAUCUAUUUUCAAUAGAAAUGUCUCUCAAUUAAUUUUAAAAAAAAUGGCUAUUUCAUUUUUAAGUUAAUUUUUCCGUAUUUAUAGUGUCAUUGGUAACAGUAUGAGGAAGCCAGUCAUCAUUUUUUUUGUCUUUGACUACCAUCAUCUGUUUUUUUAAGCUUCACCACUGAUUUGGCGUUUUCAGGAUUCAUUUUACCGGGGUCUGACAGCUGAAGAAUCAGAAUAUGUUCAUGAGUAUAAUUUUGAUCAUCCUGGUAAUAUUCUUAACAUUCUUUUUUUUAAUGGAAGGGGAUAUAAUUCUUAUGCUUCCAUGAAUAACAUUUUUCAUUUGUUCUGUUUCUGUUUGUCUGCUCUGUUAAUUAUGGCAGUGCUGAUAAAUGACAUAUUAGUGUUCUUGUAGAUGCCUUUGACACGGAACAACUUCUUGAAUGCAUUGAGAAACUUAGAUGUGGACUAGCAGUCAAUGUUCCCAUUUAUGACUUCACCAAUCACCGGCGAUGUUCUGAGAGUUUCCGAAAGGUAAGACUUGAUGGGAGCAAUCAUCAAGUUUUGUGUGUUUGCCUAGUUUUGGGUGUGUGAUUCCUUAACAAAUCUGAUUUAAUGUCUUGAUGGCGAUUCUUUAAACUCACUGAUGUCCUUCCCUUUACCCCCAUAUUCUCAUAUUUUUCUUUUUUGCUUUCUAAUAACUGGACUGGACCUACAUCUAUAUCGCAGAUGCCUCUUCCCCCUUCCACCUUCUCUGGCCACUUUCUAAUUUUCCUCUCUCUAGAUCUUAGAUAGUAGCAAGCUCUCUCUUGUUGCUUCCCAUCCGGUUCCUUAGUUUCUUUUAUUUCUCCCUCUACAACAAUGUGUUGCAUCUUUAAAAAAAAAUUAUGAAUGGCUUUUUGUAAACAAUAUAAUUAUAGAAUUCUACUUCCCUCACUAUGAGUAAUUGAAACCUUCACGUCAACUCUGUGAAAUGGAAUUCUGAUGUAGUAUCUUUAGAGAUUUAUACCCUUUCUCCGUAUGGAUAAUGCCACUGACUCGUUAUGCCUCUGUACUACUUGUUUCUCUACGAUUAUGUCUAAGAAGUCAGUCCUUUAGCUACUUCGGAAUGGUUAUGUGCAAUUCGGCUCCUUUGUGGUCACGUCCACGUUCAUUUAUCUUUUAGAUGAAAAGUGGUUUUAUAGCCUACGACUUUUGCUAUGAUGUUGAAGGCAUGCAUACCUGCACUGCAAGCUGCCAACUCUAGCUACUGAAAUAUUUAUAUGACAUAUCUAAUCAAGUACAACCUUGCAUGCAUUUCAUUGUUUUCCUAUGUGGAAAUAACGUGAGUUGGCGUUCCAGGUUAAUGCAUCUGAUGUCAUUAUUUUGGAGGGUAUCUUGGUUUUCCAUGAUUCUCGAGUACGUAACAUGAUGGACAUGAAGAUUUUUGUUGACACAGGUGAUUUAUUGCUCUUAUCUUUUCACUCUGCAACUUAAUCAAUAUUUCUCGAGGAAGGGCAGUAAUUUUUUUAGUAGAACGUAGGGAUAUUUGUACACUGGGGUCUUUUAAAGCAUAUACAUCUGUUUUUCUUUUCAUUUAUUGCAGACUUAACUUCAUCCAUUUUCGUAGGAAAAAUAAAUUCGAAAUCAAAACCACAUUUUGAAAAGGCACUAUUUUUUUUAUAUUUAUCCAUUAGUGUAUUGAUUUACUUACUCUCGUACUUUUUCCUGAACAUAUUUUUAUCUAUUGUGGUCAGACCCUUCAGUGCUUAAUUCACAAUCGUAUUAUAGAUACAACCUUUACUCUUUUGCAUCAACUUAGUAUCCUUUGUUUUGGCUUUUCACUUACAGAACUCUUAAUCUUCAUUCUUCAAUUAUAGAUGCUGACAUAAGACUUGCUCGUAGAAUAAGACGUGACACAGUUGAGAGGGGAAGAGAUGUAAAUUCGGUUCUUGAACAGGUAUGAUUGUCUCAUUUGAUUUUCAUUCUUUCUAACCAUUUCUGCUCCAGUUAAAAGAAGCCAUCAAUUUUGCAUUCUUGAACAUCAUAAUAUAUGAUGAUUGUUCUUGCAACAGGGGUCUGGCAAUGAUGAGUUUCCUUUGCGAAAAUUACAGAAUAAUUUUCUUUUAUGAAAAUUGGUGGCACUAAUCCUAUGACAAUGAUAAGUGUUAUGGAUUUAUUCGUUAUCAUUGGUUUGCAUUUCGCGAAUCAUUUCACACUGUCUGGCCUAUUUUGAUGACCUGCAGGGUGGAUGACAUGAUGCACGACACCUUCCUGGAGAGAGGAGAAAGGUGUUGGACUAUUAGCAAGCUAUAGUUCAUUAUAUUUGAAAGUAGAAAGCUCAGUUCUUCAGAAAGGUUUCUAGAGUCUGACGGCAGAUGAGAACCAUUGUGAACAUGAGCGGUCAUUAAGAUUGCACGUGCAGGCACUAGGAUGUGUUCUGGGUUUUAUGGCGCAUAUGGUUUCAUUGUUCAUUCCUAGACUGCAAGGAUGGGCCCAAAGUAGAUUCUUUAGAGAAUAUCCUCAUCCACUUAUAUGAGAAAUAGGAAUAGCUUCAUACGGGAAAGUACAUUUUUGGGACCUAGCUCCGUGCUUGUAUUUAUGGAAUGACUUCAUCGAUGAAAAUUGGUUCUAUCCUCCUCUUAUGAAAGAGUUGUUAUUGCCUAUAUCAUUUUGAUCAUCUACUAUUUGAUCUUGUCUAUUAAUAGUGUAUUAUACCUUGUAUUAUCUCGUUUAAGUAUCAAAGCAAAGAUUGAUGUCCACUGUGAAUCUUUUCAUCAAUUUGGCUAUGCCGUGUGUUUAGUUAAUUAGCAUGUGAAUAUUGAUGCUUCCUGGACAUGACAUUAUCAAAUUUCUCAUGCAGUACGCUAAGUUCGUGAAGCCCGCAUUUGAUGACUUUGUUCUACCGACAAAGAAGUAUGCUGAUGUUAUAAUACCUCGGGGAGGUGAUAACCACGUUGCGAUUGAUUUGAUUGUCCAACAUAUUCGGACCAAGCUUGGCCAGCAUGAUCUAUGCAAAAUAUAUCCUAAUGUUUAUGUCAUCCAGUCAACAUUUCAGGUUUCGCUCUCAUGUUUCCCUAUUUCUUAUCCGUAUGAUCAGUACCAGUUUUUGACAACCUUUUAUAGUUCUCCAUCACAAUCUGUUCCUGCUGUAACCUGGACAGAUCAGAGGAAUGCAUACUCUUAUUCGUGACAGGGACAUAACAACACCUGACUUUGUCUUCUACUCUGAUCGCCUUAUUCGACUGGUAUUCCUUCUUUUGUAUUAUAAUUUUCCUAAUGUCAGUAGAUGAUAAGUUAGGAACCAAGUCCCUCUUUGAUUGUAUCUCAUCCCGGUGGUGAAUUCCUGUUAGGUUGUAGAGCAUGGUCUUGGUCAUCUGCCAUUUACUGAGAAGCAGGUGGUUACUCCGACAGGUUCGUAGGUGCAAAUGUGUGGUUUAUUAUGUUUCAUUGUAGAACUGUGUAAUAUUUAAAUUUGGCAAUUAGGAUUUUGAAGACUGUUCUUUUCAUUGAAGGAAAUGAUACUAUUAUGUUCUUCUGCUGGAAUACCGCACUUUCACAUUCCCUGAUUAUGGGAUUGUUCCAUCAACCCCUUUUUUGGAAGACGAUCUGUCAAUGACCAGCGAACUUCUUUUUCUCUUGGAUGUUAAAAUGAUAUCCUUGACUGUCAUUUUAUUGUACGGUGAGAGCAUUUUCCAAAUGAUGCACUAAAAUUUUCUUCUCAGGUUAUCAUUAGUUUGAGGUGGCUGUUUUACUGGUACACUUGACGUUUCUCUUUUUUCUAAGGGAAGAAUAGUCUUUUAGGUAAUCAAUGGAAGUCUUACAGAAGGUUUCUUCUUGCAAGGUCAAAGUAGUCUUGAAAGAGGAAAUUCUUUCUGUUGGCAUUUCUAGAUUCCAUUUCAUAUUUGUGGUAUGAAUGGUCCAAAGUUGACACUUUCCUCUGUUCUCGCUGACCUUUUCACUUCCCUGACUCCAUUUUCUUCCCUUUCCGUUUGAACCCAAAGCAUUUAUUUUAGUUCCUUUUCUCCGUUCUUCUUCCUCUUCUCUUCUAUUUUCAACUGGAAAUCAUAAAGCUUAUUUCUAUGAUCAGGCUAAUUAUAUAAUUAAAUUUCAUUUCCCUUACACUUACCACCAUUCUUUUCAUUUCUUUUCUCCCCUUUUAUUCAUUUCUAUUCUAACAGUCCAUAUUCUCAUUCAGUUUGUCUUCACCAAUACGACAUCAUCUCAGCAUAUCUCCCUCCGGUCAUGCUGCUUUUAAAAUUUGAACUGGGAGCGUGAGUGACAAGAUGCUUUUACUUGAUAUAUAUGACAGUCACAGUCCACAGAACUUCCAGUAGUCAAUUUCCUUAAGCUUUGAAACGCAAGUGAAAAGCUAAAUUUGAAAUUUUGAUCCUGCAAAGGUUAGUCCAGUAUUUCUGGUCCAUGUUUUGAGCCAAAAGGUCUCAAAGUUUUAAAUCCUAGGCCAAAAAGGUUUUGAGUGGAGCAUGGACCUUGAGGCCUGAAAGAUGCUUGUGACUGAGCGAAGCAAAGCCAGAAGAAACUCUGGUUGAGGCCCAUUGUAAUAUUGAUUUGUAAAUCAAAUCCUUUGUUUGACUUUAGUUCAUGCCGCAAUUUUCCUUGGGAUGGGUGGAGCUCAGGAAUGAGUUCUAAUGCAGAAAGCCAACAAUUAGAGGCAUCAGGGGGGCAACACCUUUGACCUAUUGUUAAACUUUAAAUAGGUAGGACCUUGCAACUGCUCCUCUGAGCAAUGCCAUGGAAUUGAGAGCUCAAAGUGGGUCAUUCUUGGGAAGAAAAACUUGUGAUGCUGGAUGAACCAAAAGCUGGGUUGUAGUGCCCAACUGCAAACAAAUCUAGGACACACAAAUGAUAUUGUCCUUUUAAGAAGGCAGGACCAAACUGGAUGACAUUAUUUGUUUCGUAUUUGUCUGUCACCAUAAAAAUGAAUUUACAUAGUUGAGUGAGUGGAUAUUUUGGUGCUGUUAUUUUAAGGAAGAAGCACCAAGCGAAUGCAACCCCUCAAUGAAAAAUCACCAGGAGACUUUCCCUUUAGUUUUGAAAGGGAAAUUAUAUAUGACAAUCAAGGGGAUAUUCUAUCACUUGCAUGGGCAUUGGUGAGGAUGACCUCCACCCCAAACUGGCUAGGAACAUCAGCGGACUAAAGAAAGGUUCAGAAAUUUUUUCAUGAUAUCCCAAUGCGCCAGUUAAACCACAGAAUUUUCUUCAAGGGUUUCAGCACACAAAGAUCCUUGAAUUGUCCCAUCAUAUUUUAAUAAUUCCUGAAAAACCAGUGUGUGUAUCCCAAAAAUAGCUCUUGAAAUAAUAACUCUUUCUUCCUUCAAUAUUUGAUCCAGUUCAGUCAAUCCUGUCCAGAUUGGGCCAUUCUAAAUUUUCUGAUUUCGAACCUUUUCACUUUUACUGGUUUAUAAAGCGUACUUUUAUCCAAGCACGUGCAUAUUUCUCUCUUUUGACCAGCAUAUACCAACUUCUGUGCGAUCGUCGAGAUAAAUCUAUCCCUUUAGUUGAUUCAUUGAUGUUUUCUUCAUUAGGAUCUAAUUAGUUUUACAUGUGCAUGCAUACGUCGUGCUCUUUAUUUCUUUAUAUUUAUGCUUACUUUCUACGUUGCUCCCAAGAAAUAUAAAAUUCCUUUACUAAUGGUACUUUCACUAUAUAUAUGACUGAGAUUAGUACUCUACCGCUUGCCUGACUUGCUUUCGAAUCCUACCUAUCAUAUAAGUUGAUAGUGAAGUUAUUGACCUACUAUGUAUUCAACCAUGCUGUCUUUCAGGGUCAGUGUACACUGGAGUUGAUUUUUGCAAGAAGCUUUGUGGCGUGUCCAUCAUUCGAAGGUGAUUUUUUUUCCACUUGUUACCAUUCUGAACGCAUGUCACCGCUGACUAUGCCAUGUAACUUUUAGUUCAAGAUACAUUGUAAUUGUAAUGUGGCUGGUGAGAGCUUCUUUCUUUCCAGAUACAUCUGAAGGAUCAUGGAUUCUUUAUUUUGAUUUUCGUAUGUAACUUUUGGCUAACCUAGUCUAAAUGUCUAACUCUUACCACAAAAAGCUGGGUCACAGUUGGAUGGACUCGUGUCGCAUGAGCUGUAUUGAUAACCUUCAAAGGUGUUUUUUAAAAAAGAUGGUAUUUUUAUGAAUGUCAGAGGUGUAUUUUAAAAAAUUAGUAAACAAUCCCUGAUACGUAAAUAUGAUGCUAGCGACAAGUUCAUGCCUUUUUGGGCAAAACUAACUUUCCAAUUCACUUAGACACUGUUUCUUUUUCAUGCAUGAAGAUGAGUCCCAAUCAUAACUCGUGUACUUCGUGUUUUUGUGGCAGUCUUUUAAGCUGUUACAUUUUGUGUUAUCUUUUUUGUAUGUGUAAUGAUUGUAGUUUGUAGAUUGCUUAUAUUUUGGGAAACAGUUCCUUUCAUGGAAUGACGCUCAUUUUUCUGUUGAUUGCAGUGGAGAAAGCAUGGAAAAUGCUCUACGUGCCUGCUGUAAGGGAAUAAAAAUAGGAAAAAUAUUGAUUCAUCGUGAUGGGGAUGAUGGGAAGCAGGUAAGCAUUUGAUUAGUUCUUUCGUGCUACAUGAAAAGCUGAUUAUUCAUUUUUUUUUACUAUGAUUGUUAUUUUUUUCCCAACCAGCUUAUCUAUGAAAAGUUACCUCAAGAUAUCUCUGAGCGGCAUGUUUUACUUCUUGAUCCCGUUCUUGGCACUGGUGAGUUCCAUGUGUCUGACAAACACUUCCAUUUAUUUUUAAAAAGCUAUUUCAGCGAGACUUUUUAUUUUAAGAAUUAAUAGAACGUCCAAAACCUAUGUUGUCACUAUUCUAAAUGCGUUUGAAACGGGCUCAUUGACUACUGAUACGUUUGAUGAUUUGUAAGUACAUUCUGAGACACCAUCAACAGUUCUUUCCAACCGUUAAAUUCUUCAGCAAUUAUCUUUAGUUAAGUGGCAUAAUUGAUCCACGUGCUGAUAAUGGGUCUGUUCUUGCGUGAUUAAUGUGAGUAACUGCAAGAAUUUAUAGCUAGGGCAAUCAUUUUUUAUUUUUACAUUUCAUAGCUGGAACUCGUGAAUUAAUGCACUUUCCUACGAGUUCACAGCCUUUUGGGUCCCACAUUUGGGACCUUCAAGCUAGAAUCGUAUAUCUUAAUAGCUUUUUUAGAAUGGUGUAAGAUACCAAUCAUGUUUAUUCUGGGAAAAAUAUUCCUUGGACAAUGAUUAACUUAGUUUUGGAUGUUUCUUGGUGAUUUUCUUGCAAUGCACAAUUUGAUCAGAAAUCUAAUGCAGGAAUACCGAGAAAUAAAGGGAUCUGCAAGAUUUGGAUAUCUUGGUUUUAUUCAGAUAUCUUCAAGUCUUGAUCGUUUCCUUUUCUUUGCGGUUAGCAGCAAAGAUUGUGGCCAUCUGAUAUUAAUUGUUUUCAUACAUAAAAAAUGAGACAUCAUUAAUUUCUUUUUAUGAUCGUUAUUAAUAUACUCUUGUAUGUUCUUCCACUUGCAUGGAAAUAGUUUAUCAGUUAUCGAUUAGCAAUGCAUCCUAAACAGCAUAAACAGAGGAAUGCGACCUCACUUUAUGCAUAUAACUUGAUAACUCUAACUAAAUUAUGCGUGGAAGAAAAUGGGAAAUGGAUUUGGCCCCCUGUUGGAUAAAGAGUGUACCCCCAAUUUUUUUUCCCAAUUUUUAGUACCAUCAUGACACAGGAAUUUUUUUGUCUCCUAUUAUCGCUCUGGAUUUCUUCAUCUACAUGCUUCACAGCUAUAUAUAUAUAUAUAUAUAUUCAUGCUGCUACCACACAUCUUGAAUGAUAUUUGGAGAUUAUAUGGUCGCAAGUUACCAAUUCUUUUGAUCACAUGACUGUUUGAUUGAGUACACAAAAAAUGGCAUUGUGUGUAGGAAACUCCGCAAACCAGGCGAUCGAACUUCUCAUACAGAAGGGAGUUCCUGAGAAACGAAUAAUCUUCCUCAACCUCAUCUCAGUAAGGCCCCCCUACCAUGAUUAGGGCAGUUCCUCAGACGCCCCCUCUUUUCAAUAUCAGCCUCAGUGAUGUCUCUCGCUUGAUGGUGUGAUGAAUCCAGGCACCCGAAGGUAUCCACAGUGUCUGCAGGCGAUUCCCUUCCUUGAAGAUUGUCACCUCGGAGAUCGAUGCGGGGCUGAAUGAGGAGUUCCGUGUCAUCCCUGGUCUGGGUGAGUUCGGUGAUCGAUACUUUGGCACCGAAUGA